GAUGUCCCGCGAUUGUUCUGCGGUUAUCAUCGGUGACUUUUGAGCGCCGUAGCGGCCGUAAUUUGCCGCGAGAGAAAUGCGCUAAUCUGUAUUAGCAUCAGCUGUAUUAUUAUUCUGCGUCAGACUUGUGUUUACAUUAAUAUCGCAUCAUUGCACAACUAUGUCAUGUUUAUUUGCAUAGAUUAGGCUGCUGUUAAUGUUAAAGAUGCAGACUUGAGUGUAUAAUCAGUGUUUAUUUGCAUAUGUUUGAUUAUCAUGUUAGUGUAAAUAAUUAUCAGAAUAUUGUUGUAAUUAUAUUUCUUUAUUAUUCUUUUAGACCAUUAAUACAGAUGUCAGUGCCAAAGAAUGACUAGUGCCGAUGACAACCCAAAGACUGUUAAAUAAAAGCAUCUUUGUGAAGAAUCUCUUCUCCAGCCCUGAUUCUCUUACCGGAAUCCUGUCCAUAUUUGGCCGCCUCAGCCAGUGUAAUAUAGAGUUGUAACGUGCCUCCGUUACAAAGGUGGUCCUUCGAGCCGGAGUGAGAGCAAGAUUAAACCAAUAUGGACAAAGCACAAAGUGACGCAUCUGAGACAAGCUCCAGACCUCGACGCAAGACUAAUCUACCUACCCAUCUGGAUGAUUAUGAUGUUGGCUACCAACCUUCAAGUGACCCUCCUCCAAAAGCUUCCUCUCAUUGUCCUAGUGAGCACCGAAGCAGCUCGAGGAAAACGUCUCACAGUGGUGUCAGCUCUCACUCCAGGACGAGUAGGCGUUCCAUUACUUCAGCUGGUGUCUAUGUCCCACCAGAGCUCUCUAGCGUCCAGACUGCUAUGUUGGAGGAGAAGAUUAAACAGAGACAGUAUGACAGUCUACGGCAGCAAGUAGAAGAGGACUCACUGAUUGAUCUGGAACACCAAAGACUGCAAGCACAAGCAAAAGAAGCCCAGCGUAUGCAAGAGGAGGCGCUUGCCGCAAAGGAGGCCUUGUCGAAACAACUAGAACGACAGCGUAAGCUUCAACAAGCAGAGACUGAACUUGAAGUAGCUAAACUUGUAUCCUCCAUGCUGUCUAUGGACUCUGGUACGACCACUCCAGUUCCUCCAGACUCUGGUUCUCCAAACACGCAACAGCUUACAAUGGAGCUCAAGCAGGCUUGUUCACCUCAGCUGCACCACUUCCAGUCACCAGCUGUGACAUCAUCGCUGCUGCCCUGUCCUACUGAACUGCCUGAUCCUGAUGUCUCUGCAGUUUCCCUGCCAUCACCUAGACCGCCACAGUGGGCCCCACCUGUCACUUACUCUGCAGUACACUCUGUAUCAUUAACAUCGAAUGUGGCACCUCAGCCUCCAGCAGUGUACACCAUCCCGACAUCCGCUGCAUACCAGGGUGUGACCCAGCAACCUGUUACUGCCACAGUACCUACCCUUGGCUACGGGCUACAACAGACAGGAACAAUGCCAGUGAAAACACUCCCAGUUCCAUCGCAGCUCCCUGUCUCCAGCCACCAAACAUUGGCGACAGCACUUCAUGCUCCUGGGUACGUUCAAGCAGCUUCAUCUGGGCCUUUCCCCCCAGCUGUCCACUCACCUCACCCGAGUCCAGAGCUCCUGUUUGCAUCAGCCUAUGGCAUUCCACGACCCACGUUACCAGUUUUCGAAAGUGGUGCUGAGAGUGACUUUGCAUUGUUUAAACUAGCAUUGGACAAUUUGUUGAGUAAUCACAAUCAUAUCAGUGAACAGUAUAAAUACCAUGUUCUACUAAGCCAUUUGAAACUUUCCAGUGCUCAUCAGCUAGCUAAAUCCUUCAUGUACCACCCCCAGCCUUACACCGCUGCUCUGCAGGCGCUUCAAGACAAGUAUGGACAGCCAAGACAGCUUGUUCAGUCUGAGUUGGGUGCCAUCCUGAGCACCCCACCUCUUAAGUUGGGUGAUGCUAAUGCCUUUGACUCAUUUGCAUUGUCAAUACAAUCCUUAGUGGGUAUGCUGAGAACUCUUGAGGGCCAGAAUGGUUAUGAGCUUUUGUGUGGCUCACAUGUGGACCGCCUCUUGAGUAAACUGCCACCAGCCUAUCGCGACAGUUUUGUUGAAUACUGUUUAAGUCGGGGUAUUCUCCAAACGGGCACAGACAAGACCUACACACUUCCUGAUUUUGCAGACUGGCUCCAGAUAAAGUCCCAAGCAAAACGGAUCUCCAGCAGAGCCGCGGCUAUGUACCAGAGUGAGACUCUAAAGGCCCCUGGUAGAGCUAGAGGAGCACCUCAUCCCAGGGAACAGCCAAGGCCAGUUCUCCUGACAAGGGAGAGUACAACCAAGACUCCUGAGCCGACAGCAUCUAAGUUCAGCUCCAAACCCAAGCCAUACUGUCCACACUGUGACAACAGGGAACACUAUCUCAACUCUUGCGAGGCUUUCAAGAAGUUGACUACCUCCCGGAUUGUAGCUUGGAUUAAAGAUAGUAAACGCUGCUGGAGAUGCGGACGGUUCCAUGCUGUAGAGUCUUGCAACCUCAAACGUCCAUGUACAAUCUGUAAAGAGCUACAUCUCACAGUUCUUCACAAUUCUAUCAAAGACACCACCAGUGCUGUCCUUACCGUCAGCCUUCCAUCUACCCGGGUUUACUUGGACAGACCAAACCGUACACCCAGAGUCAUGCUGAAGGUCGUCAAGGUCCUCCUCCAUAAUGGACACCACACAAUGGAGGCACAUGCCAUUCUCGAUGAUGGGUCAGAGAGAACACUCGUGCUUUCCCCAGUCGUGCAGCAGCUCAAGCUAACCUGUACCCCAGAGUUACUUCAUUUACAGACUGUUCAACAAUCUCACACAGAACUUGAAGGGUCGUCUGUUUCCUUUGAGGUCUCAUCAGUCACCAAACCCAUGCAGAGGUUCACUAUCCCCAAUGCCUUUACUGCGACCGAGUAA